AGCUAUGACGCCUGGACGCCCAGCAGGUAGAAUACUUCGCAAAUGUCACUCUUUCAUCUCACUCAACCUCAGAUAUCGCGACUUUUUACAGAGCCUCACCUGAACUCACCAUCAAAGAGCCCCCAAGCCGCAUCAUAUAUCCGAAACUUCACACCACAAGUUAACAUCUUCUUUCAACUCUACCACCACGAUCACAGAGGCAUUUUCUUCCCGUCAAGGUCAACAUGACAACAAAAACCCUCUGCCGCGCCUGCCACCGCGCGGCUCGCACAACCACAACCUCCAUCUCAGCCCGCUCAACCCGUGGCCUCUCCCAACCAUUCACAACCGAAACCUUCCCUCAAUCCACCGCCCGUGGCGGCUCAUCCAAACUCCCUCCACCACCGCAACUUGACCCAUCAGCCAUCCUCUCCACGCCAACUUGGUCCGUCCGCUCUCUUCUCCCCCCAUCAAGACCAACAUCAUCAACACCAUCAUCAACCCAACCCGAAGAAAGCGAAAUAACCCCUCAAACCCUCACGCACCUCUCCCGUCUCUCUGCCCUGCCCCCUCCCUCCGCCUCCGACCCCUCCUCCACCGCCCGCCUCCUCUCAGCUCUACACUCGCACCUGCACUUCGUGCGCUCGAUCCAAUCGGUGGACACUACGGAUCCUUCUUCUCUUGAAGGGCAGGAGCUAGCGCCGUUGAGCUCGAUACGGGAUGAGUCGCCGGAGGGAUUGGCGGAGAUCACGAUUGAUCUGAAGACGCUUGAGGGGGCGCUGGCGGAGGAGGAUAUUGUUGGUCAUUGCAGGCGGCCUAGGAGGAGGAAGGCUGAGGAGCAGCUGACCAAAGAGAAGAAGAAGAAUGAGGCUGAGGAUUGGGAUGUAUUGGGGUGUGCUGAGCAAAAGGUUGGGAGAUACUUUGUUGUUAGGAGUGGGAAGAAGGUGGAGUAGAAUGACUGAAGGGGAAAGUGGUUGAAGUUGGUCUAGCGCCCUUGGUAGGGUAGAAGAGCUGUGGGUUUUGUGGUAUGACCAUAUAGGAGGGCCCUGAUCUGCUAACUGAUGCCGAGCGUAUGGGAAACCUGGAAGAUCUGAUAAAAGACGGGAAAGGCGUCAGAGCUUGCACGGGGAGUCCUCGAGGCUUUCGAGGAACCACUUCAGGUGCCCGUCUUGCCUAUACUCCGAGUUCGAAUCUUCCGAGGUGUAUUCAUGGGACAAGAAUCACUCAGUGAGGGAACUAUGCUGCU